UUGAAAACAUAUUUUAAGCUUAGAGAAUUGAUAUUAUUGUAAAUUGAGACAUAAAAAGGGGAAAUAUCAUUGAGUGAAUUCUGCAUUUAUAAAAUUAUGGGAAAUUAUGAUUUAUUAUAGUACUACUAUAACUUGUUUUCACAGGAUUUGUUGGUGAGAAUUACAUGUUUAAAAACAGCAUGUUGCAGUGGGUAAACAUACUGACUUUUUUUAUGAUUUCAAUACACUUUCAGGAAGAACCUGCUGAGGGAGUACCUGUCCCUGCCAGUCUACCCAGACAUGUGUCCCCAUCACUUGGUAUGGUACAACACCACCCUGGUAUACCAUGCUGCAGACAGUACACGCCGUUUUCUUCAGUCUUCCACUGAGUUGUCUAGAUUGAUAGCAAGUCAGGCAGCUGUAAGUGUACUUGGAAAUGAGAUUUACACCCAGCCUUUUUCAUUUAUGGAAUAUAAAAGCAUGGAGGGAGAGAUGAUCAAACUCCUUGCUAAACAUUACAAAAACAGCACCUUCAUAUCCCUGCACAGUGAACUUGAGGAGGCAGAGAAACUGUAUCAGGAAACAUGGAAGAUGAAUGUCACCAAUAUUGUUAUAACCAGCCUUGCUGUGGACCAGGAUUUCACUACCAAAUUACUGCAGAGUCCUGAUUUUUUGAGAUACCAGUACUUUGGUGUUCAGGCUUUUCUGGACUCUGUUAUGACCAUGGGCGAUGAUGAAUUCAACCUGAUGGUUGGGCAGAUGAUUGCAAAUGGAGUCACUUCUUUCUUUCAGUUACCAUCAGCAGAGAUGCUGUCUUUGGCAUUUGCAACAUUCUUCCCAGAGUCUUUUACUGGUCGACCACUGAGGGGAAACGGGACUUUAGAUAGAAAGGACAUUUACUACCUGAAGCACCAUCCAGCCCCAGUAUUUGAAAAUGCUGAACUAAAGAUGCUGGGAGAGAGCGCAGAAGCAGAUGUGAACAUCAGUAUAAGUGCUGAGCUUCUUCAACCACCAUUUAUGCAGUCUGCAUCCUUCCCAUGGAAAAUGGUCCGUGUAGAUGUCAGGAACCUCACUGUCACAGUUAAUCAUCAUUUUGACUACCAGCUAGAUGGCCACGAUAGAAAGUAUACCCUCCACUGCCUGGCACAUAGUAAGUCCACUUAUGAGGUAUACCUUAUCAGGAAAGGGGAUGGAUUCAAGAUUCCAUAUGGGGAUGUUCAUGCUAUAUCUUUAAUUGCCCUUCUGAGAAUGGGAUUACUGGAGCCCAUAAAAACCAUGUUUUAUGAUCUGUUCCUGACACUGCCCUUCUAUGAAGAUAUGGCUCCAUGGAAUAUUGUGUUUCGCAGUGGUAGACUGGAAUAUAUAGAUUAUGACACCAAAGACUUCACUUUCAACAAGAUGGUGCCUGCUGCAUACCAGGUGAUGGCAAUGCUGAUGAAUUAUGAGAGAACUAUCAAUGAUUUUGGACAUUGUAAACAGCAUGGAAUAAACCAGUAUAACUUCCCCUAUGUAUCCCAUUGUGUAGGAAGUGACUAUGAAGGUCCAUGCAAAGAUUCAAGAUACCCUGUCCCAUGUGGUGACUAUACAUGUAAAAGCACAUACAUUGAAUGCUUGAAAUCUCUAAGUGAGCUAGAGAAAAAGAAAAUGGAGUGGAAGCAACAAAUGGUAGCCAACUUGAAAACUCCAGGUUUUGUAUACACAGGGCGACAGAAUCUCCCAUACACUAGUGGCCAGUGGUCAUUUGGACAAUUUGGUGCCAAAAAUCCACAAAAUGGAGCAUAUUUAAGACAAAGACCACCUCAGCAAAAAAGUUACUCAGGACCACAAUUUGCACAAGAUAAUCAAAGACGACGUUUUUGGUAAAAUUUAUCAAAAAUUCCAAAUU